UUAUCAAUUAAACAAAUGUCACUCGAUUGACCAACUUUAUCAAUUACCAAGAUCAAUCAACAAUUUCUCAAAUUAAACUCCCUCCUCCACUCUAAUGAACACCAAUCCAGACUCAAAUUCAAUAACCCACACAGGUGGAUGCCAUUGCAAGAGAGUAAGAUGGAAAGUAGAAGCACCAUCUUCCUUAAUCGCAUGGAACUGCAACUGUUCAACUUGUUCAAUGAGAGGGAACACUCACUUCAUCGUACCAUCCAAUCAUUUCCAGUUACUGUCGGGAGAAUCCAACAUCACAACCUACACUUUUGGGACCCACACUGCUAAACACACCUUCUGCAAUGUCUGCGGCAUCACCUCCUUCUACACACCUCGUUCUAACCCGGAUGGUGUUGCGGUUACUCUUGGUUGUCUUGAUCCGGGUACUUUGACCCAUGUUGAGAUUCGGAGCUUCGAUGGUGUUAGUUGGGAAGAUUCUUAUUCUCAAACUGGGAUUUCUUCUUGCUCCAAGAUUCAAUCUUGAUUGUCUAAUUUUGUUCCUUUUUUUUGUUGGAAUUGCAAAUAUUGUUGUUUGUUCUUGUUUCAUCUUUCUGGGUUUUUUUUUUGGGAUUUGUGGAUUGUUUUUCUUUUUCUUUUUUAAUCUUGGAGGAAGAUGGAUAGACUACUCCAAUCGGUUUUAAGAUGGAUCCCGUUGUGCUUAGAUGUGGCCAAUUUCCCCUCUUGUAUGGGCUUGUAUUCGCUCCAGUGAGGUUUUAACCUGUUACCUUGUGAUGUAUGCCUGUAUGUUGUUGUAAAAAUAUGCUACUGUUGGCUCAAUCCUUAAUGGUCAAAAUAUUCCCUCUUGUUUUGCCUCA